AUCCGGCGGCUGCCCUGGGAGCCGUGGUGGUGGCGGCCUGAAGCGGUCCUGCGGUGGGUGAGGGAUGGGAGAGUGCCCGAAGCGCUUACUGCUAAACGCACCGCGGGUCUCCACAAAGCAAAUAUGUUUCACCUCAUGCAACGCUGCUGCUUCCACACACCCUUCAGAGUCCAGAAGAUAACUGGUCCCAGACUACUACUGCAUGGAAAGAAUAAGACAACUCGCUCUUCUCCGAGCCUCUUUCUACAGAGGGAUGCUUGUCUUCUCUCCAGGUGUCCAAGCCUCAACAGAGCAUCAGUGUUCGCAGUCAAGCUCCAGGCUUUUCACACCUCUCUUCCUCUCUUAAAGAAAAAGCCCCCCCAAGAAUCUGAGACCGAAGACUUGGGCCAGUUUCGACGAAGUAUGAAAUCACUGAAGGAUUCUCCAAAGCCAGCCCUUUACUUAAGCCUGGCGGGGCUAAUUCCGUUUGUUUCUGUGCCGCUGUCAAUGGUCGUCCAAGGGACCUACUACCCAGAGCUGGCGUUCGCUCAGGUUACCUACGGUGCUGUAAUCGUCUCUUUCCUAGGAGGAAUGAGGUGGGGGUUUGCUGUCCCGGAAAACAGCCCAGCCAAGCCAGACUGGAUGAACCUGGCUAACAGUAUGGUUCCUCCUCUAAUUGCCUGGCAAGCCCUGCUUUUUAAAGAUAUCACUGAUGGUGCAAUAAUGCUGGUAAUGGGCUUAGGGAUAGCACUACAUUAUGACCUUUCCCUUCUUCCUACUUACCCUCUUUGGUUUAAAGGAUUGAGAAUAGUGGCAACAGUGGUGGCGGCGUUAUCACUGUUAGCUACUGUAGCACUGAAAGCUUACUCAGAGAAGAACCUGAUUAUCAGCAGAAAUAGAUGGCAGGACCCAAAACAGUAAAGCAAGAGGAAAAAGCUAUUUAUCUGCUAAUAAGGUAUUUGUAUUGAGAUCCAUGGGAAGACUUAAUUAUGCUUAGAUGUCAUGAAAUGGCAUUAAUCGAGAUGCUUAUUUUGAAGCAAGGAAGUUCAUAGCAAAUUUAGGAAGGAAGGAUUGCAAAUACUGAUCACUUCCAAGGCAGGCAUGAAUCUGCUAUUGCCUGUAGAACAACGCCUCACUCUUCAGUGAGGUAAGAUGUCACUGUCAUAUGGAUUUAAUACGGUGAUUCAUGUAAUACAGGUAUGAACUGCUCUACUCUGAAUGAUUAUAAAGUAUCUUGUUUAACAUGCCCUAAUAUUCUGUGGUAGGGAGAACAACUGUAUAGUCGUGAAUGUGUUCUAAACAACAAGAUGAAUGCCGUAAGUUUAGCAUUUAAAGUGGAAUGGUGCAGAAACAUAACUUUCAAUUCCUAUUUUGUGGAAAUGCAAGAAAAGAGAGACAAAACUUCUCUACCUUAUUUCAGCUGAGAUAUUUUAAAUGCUGUGUGAUUAAGCACUAGUCAGAUAAGAAGGGAUAUGCAAGGUGUAGGCAAGGUUUGUUUGAGUGGCAAGUCAAGGUCAGCGCUCCCCUAAAAUGUCAUUCAGAUGCUGUGAUUUAGUAGGGACAGCUAGAAGGGAAAACCAUCUUCAAGCUCCACAAGGGACAAAAGCUUAGUUCCUAGAUUUUGUUUGGACGGAGGGUUACUUAAGUGAGGAAGCUGCACACAUCAGUCGUGAAGAGCCAUCGUGUUCCUCCUGUCAGCUGAUGCUUGCUAUGAUUAUCACACAAGGACUCUGUUGCUAGCACUAAGGGAUCAGACAAUACAUAUGAAAAAAGUCUGUGUGUCCUCCCUCCUCAACUUUAGUUUUAUUUGAGCAACCUGGGCAGGUACAAAUAGAGUUGUACCCCGUGAAUUCUUUGUGACAGACUGAUCAUUGAAGAAGACUGCAGGAGUGUAUUUUCUUCCUAAUACAACUUACAGGAAAAAUCAACAGCAUCCUUUUCCAGGCACAUCAUCAGUUUCCUUUUCCAGCCUCAGCUACCUCAAAAAGCCACAUAUACCUGAUGUGAAUUUAUUUACUAUAGCUUUUUUAUCCUAAGUAUGGUGUAAGGUACAAGAAAAAAGUUGCAAUGUGACAUCUGUACGUGCUCUUAGGACCAAUUCAGGUAAUCCUCAUGGCUGCCUUAGAACACAGUUCUUCAUAGUUGUUCAAUAAAGAAUGAAUCACCUACCAUAACUUAAAAUUUGUCAAUCUGCAAAAGAACGGUUUAAGAAACCUGCCUAUCCUCCAGACAGAGAUACCUUCUUGUUACUGAAAGAGCAGCUGUGCAUGUGAGCAUCUGACUUUCAUACCCUGUUGACUUGUACAUGUUAACAGCAUCAAAUCCCUGAAUUGGCAGUACCGUUAGGUGUUCUCUGACCGUAAACAAAGUAAAAGUGAGUUUGUUAAUAAAAACAGUUCUUUUAUUCUUUCUUAGA